UACAGCACACCGAUGAGAACACACAACGUUCCCAUCCUACACAAGAUACAACAUGCAGUUCUCCAUUGCUCUAUGUUUACUUUUGGCAGCUGUCUGCACCAAUGCCUCAUACCAAAAAUGUUGGGGUAAAGGCUGUGGUGGAUAUGGUGGCGGAUACGGUGGUGGAUAUGGAGGUGGAUGGGGAGGACUAGGUGGCUUAGGAGGUGGAUGGGGCAAAGGAGGAGGAUAUGGAGGAUGGGGACUAGGAGGAGGAUAUGGAGGUUGGGGUAUAGGAGGUGGAUACGGAGGAUGGGGUAAAGGAGGUGGAUACGGAGGAUGGGGUCUAGGAGGUGGAUACGGAGGAUGGGGUAAAGGAGGUGGAUACGGAGGAUGGGGUCUAGGAGGUGGAUACGGAGGAUGGGGCAAAGGAGGGGGAUGGGGCAUUGGAGGUGGAUAUGGAGGAUGGGGUGUAGGAGGCGGAUACGGAGGAAUCGGAGGUGGAUACGGAGGCGGAUACGGAGCAGUUGUACUUAAAGGAAAAGGAUCAUACUAUUAAAUUCAGGAAAUCUUAAUCUGUACUCUCUCAGGCAAACUGGACACUAGUUGAAGUUAAAUCUUCAUAUCAAUAUAUGUAGAUAUAUUUUUUUUGCAAAUACAAAAUACCUGUAUAAA